AUGUGUUUGGUUGAUGAGAUGCGUACUAAAGGUUCUCAUUUCACUUGGACAAACAAGCAAGCUAAUGAGGACAGAAUCUACUCUAAACUAGACAUAAUUUUUAUAAAUGAAGAUUGGUUGGACUUAUUCCCUCAUGCUGAAGCUGUUGUUAACUGGGAAAUGCUAUCUGAUCAUUGUUUUUGUAUUAUCAAAUUAGGAGCUACAUUGAACUGUGGUAUUAAACCUUUUAGAUUUUUUAAUAUGUGGACUAGCCAUGAUAACUUUAAAGAGAUAGUGAUGCAGAGCUGGUGCAAGCCUAGUAAGGGUUAUGGUUUGGAAAGAAUAGUUAGGAAAUUGGGUAGGCUCAAGCAGGUCCUUCGCAAGUUUAACAAGAGUACUGUGGGAGAUGUUGUUCAGAAUUAUAAUACUGUUAAGGAUAACUACCAAGCUGCUCAAUUGUCUCUUCAAAGUGACCCUCACUCUUCAGAUUUUCAAAGAAAGGAAAGAUUAGAAGGCAGAAAAGUAAAUCGUUAUGGUGAUGAUAAUACGACAUAUUUUCACGCUUGUUUAAAACAGAGAAGGGCUUCUAACCGUAUCACUUCAUUUGUUAAUGAGUCUGGUCAGUUAAUUAAGAGGUUUGAGGAUGUAGUGGCUCACUUUGUGAAUCACUUUCAAAAAAUUAUGGGAAGCCAGAGUAAUGCCUCGGUGCCUAUUCAGAGGUCUUGUUUCAGACUUGGUCACAGGUUGUCUUUGGACCAACAGAUUUUUUUUAUAAAGCCAUUUACUAGAAAAGAAGUGGAAGAUUCUUUGUUUAUUAUUAGUCCAAUUAAAAUUCUGGGUCCGGAUGGGUAUGGAUCAGGUUUUUUCAAAGCUAUGUGGAAGGAUAUGGGAGCAGAAAUUUCAGAGGCCAUUCUUGAUUUCUUUGAACGGGGUUUGCUGCCUGAAGAGAUGAAUAAGGCUACAAUUUCUUUGAUUCCUAAGAUUGAAACCCCCACUAAGGCAAUGGACUAUUGGCCCAUAGCAUGUUGCAAUACUAUCUAUAAAUGUAUUUCUAAAAUGCUAUGUGGUAGAUUGACAAAGGUUCUUCCUAGUCUAGUUAAUCAAAAUCAAGGAGCGUUUGUUAAAAACAGAUUGUUGGCGCAUAAUAUUCUUAUUCUUCAAGAUUUUAUUAAAGGUUAUACAAGGAAAAACAUCUCUCCUAGAUGUUUGAUGAAGAUAGACCUGAGCAAAGCUUAUGACAUGUUAGAUUGGCAUUUUUUGGAGGAUAUUCUCAUUGCUUUCUGUUUUCCAAACAGAUUUAUCAAGUGGGUGAUGACUUGUUUGAAGGAUACUACUUAUUUGAUCUUAAUGAAUGGUAGGAUUCAAGGGGGCUUUAGACGUAAGAAUGGUCUUCGGCAAGGAGACCAUAUCUCUCCUUUGUUAUUUGUGCUAGUAAUGGAAUAUUUUACCCGGCUGCUCUGUCAAGCUUCCAUGAACAAGGAUUUCUGGUAUCAUCCAAAGUGUAAGAAUCUGAAAAUUGAUAACCUGUGCUUUGCCGAUGAUUUGACUGUUUCACUGAGUUUCAGCUUGGCAUCUGGUCUGUCAGCCAAUUUGAAGAAAUCACAGGUUAGAGCAAAAAUGGAGGAAUGGCUGGGAAGGGAUAUUUGGCCGAGUAUGUAUGAGGAAUGGAGCUCAUGGAUGGUUGGAAAGCCUAAGGGCCUGAAGCAAAAGGUAGCUGCUGCAGCUAUGGCAGCUGCUGUGUAUAUGGAUUGGAGGAACAGAAACAAAUGUAUCUUUGAAUUUAGCUCACUGCCUGUAGGAUUUGUUGAUCAAUUGAUCAAGUAUUAUUUGAAAAAUAGACUAACUAGGCUUCCUAAGCUGAAAGUUGAGAAAAAUGACUUAGCUUUUUUUGAGAAUUUUGUUCAGCUGUAA